AUGGCCGUCAUCUUUACACAGUGCAUUCCACUGAAAAUUCGCGGCAUCCUCAAGUUCUGCAAUCGCACCAGAUUGCAGGUGACCAGGAACAUUGCGAGCAGGCGCGAGUUUAGCUGCUCGGCGGCUAGAAGGUAUGCGGCUACAGUCGUGUCUGGGACGGCGAUAGCCCGGGAGAUCCACAAAGAGAUCCAGGCCAGUGUGGAGCAGCUGGUGGUGUUGGGGGGUAGGAGGCCUCACCUGGCUGUCAUCCUGGUGGGGGACGACCCAGCCAGCCGCGUCUACGUCAGGAACAAGACCAGAGCGGCCUCCCUGCUGGGCAUCUCCAGUAGCGCUCUGCUGCGCCCUGCUGGUGUGAGUCAGGCGGAGCUGCUGGACCUGAUCGACCAGCUCAACAGGGACUGGAGAGUCAGCGGCAUACUGGUGCAGCUACCACUACCAGGACACAUUCAUGAGAGGGCCGUGUGCAACGCCAUCGCCCCAGAGAAGGAUGUAGACGGCUUCCACAUCGUGAACAUGGGCAAGCUGGUGCUGGAUCAGAGGACCAUGGUGCCCGCCACUCCCGCGGCCGUCUGGGAAAUCAUCAAACGCACCGGCAUUGAGACGGUGGGGAAGAACGUGCUGGUGGUGGGCCGUUCUAAGAACGUGGGGAUGCCCAUCGCCAUGCUGCUCCACUCGGACCGGAACCACGAGCGCCCAGGAGGUGAUGCUACGGUGACCAUCGCCCACAGAUGCACCCCCGUAGAGCAGCUGACGCAGCACUGUCAGAUGGCCGACAUCGUCAUCGCAGCCGCAGGAGUCCCUGGCCUAAUCACUCCAGACAUGGUGAAGGAGGGAGCGGUGGUGAUAGACGUUGGUAUCAACCGUAUCCAGGAUACAGGCUCCAGCAGCAGGGUGCGUCUGGUCGGAGAUGUGGACUUUGAAGGUGUUUGUGAAAAAGCGGGAUUUAUCACUCCUGUACCCGGAGGUGUUGGUCCAGUGACCGUCGCCAUGGUUGUGAAAAACACAGUAACUGCUGCCCGAAACGCUCUGGGACAUUGACGUGGAAACAUUAUGGAAACAAACAUUCUGCACAUAUUCCACAUUAUGGAAACAAAAUUAGGAUGAGGAAGCCAACGCACAACAGAGCUUUCGCGGUGCAGCAUGUAGCGAAUACUU